GCGUUGAAGAGAAAGGCGGUGGAGAGAGAGAAUGCCAGUGAGGAAGUAUUACUGCGAUUAUUGCGACAAGCAAUUCCAAGACACAACAGCGGAUCGGAAACGACACGUUCGAGGUAUUCAGCAUCAACAAGCCAAAGCUCGUUGGUACGAUUCCUUCAAACUCCAACACCAACAACCUAUUCCCCCACCUAAACCCCUCUGCUUUCACUUCCUCAACACGGGAUUUUGCCGUUACGGCGACUCUUGCAAAUACAUUCAUCCCAAUGCCCCCAACAACAUGCAGCAGCCACAACCUAUAAUAUCAACUCCACCAAUUGGGAAUGUGGUACGAGAUAGUAUGGGAGUGUCAUGGGGAAAUCUACCACCAUCGCUGCAGCCUCCACCUGAGGGUGGCUAUCCCCACCUUCCCUUUGUGGAUUGGGGAUAGAUCGAAAAAGCCUCAUAUUUCUAGGCCCUUCUUCUGGUCUUGUUAUGCUGUUAUGCUUGUAGUUGUUGUGUGUACCAAAGACUCUGUGUUUCGUGACUUUUUUAUUUUAAUUUUCUCCUGUCUUGCACUGACCAUCUAAUUUGGAGUUUUGAUGUAUCAAACGCUUAAAUUA